GCAGCUCAGAAUCCUCGACAGGAUCCGCUCUGCGCUUCUGGCCUCACGCCAGCUCCUGGGGGCGGGCCUCGCCGGGCCUCGCCCCUCACACACCCCCAGAGGCGACGCCCCUCGUGCCUACGGAACCCUAAGAGAGACAAACAUUCUCCUCCUCCGCUUGCGCCCUGCGCCUUACUCACGCGAGAUUUGGGCAAGGCAGGGGGCGGGAAGGGAGCGGAGACACAACAAACAUGGCGGCGGCGGCUGCGACGGUGACGAAGACGGAGGCGGCGGCGACGGCGGCGGCGUUGAACAAGGCGGUGGGGGUUACCCGGUGUGACUGUCAAGAGACCUCUGUAUGGCUUUUGAAUUUUAGUUGAAAUUCCCUCCAUGGCCUUUUGGAGUCCUUUGGUGUGUCUCCAGAGUAAAUUUCAAAUACUCUACAUUUCAUCAAUGUUGGAGUGGCAAGAAAAAGGUGGAACACUGAUUUGGGGUGAAAAGGACCUCGUGCAUGCUAGGCAAACGCUCUACCACUGAGCCACAUCCCCAGUCCAACUCAGCUUAAGUUUAAUCAGAGUAAUCACAGGAAGGACUCAGGAGUUUUACUAAAUCAUAAGGUAUAAGAAACUAUAAACAUAAGGAAAAAAAAAACAAAAAACAAAGAUGGGUGAAAAGAAACCAGAGCCUUUGGACUUCGUGAAAGAUUUUCAGGAAUACCUGACUCAGCAGACCCAUCAUGUCAACAUGAUUUCUGGAUCGGUUAGUGGGGAUAAAGAAGCAGAAGCUCUUCAGGGAGCUGGAACAGAUGGUGAUCAAAAUGGACUUGAUCACCCAUCUGUUGAAGUUUCCCUGGAUGAAAACUCAGGAAUGUUGGUAGACGGGUUUGAAAGGACCUUUGAUGGGAAGCUCAAGUGUCGGUACUGCAAUUAUGCCAGCAAAGGAACAGCACGACUUAUCGAACAUAUUAGAAUCCACACAGGUGAGAAACCACAUAGAUGUCACUUGUGUCCAUUUGCAUCUGCUUAUGAGCGUCAUCUGGAAGCCCAUAUGCGUUCCCAUACUGGAGAAAAACCAUACAAAUGUGAAUUAUGUUCCUUCCGCUGCAGUGAUCGAAGUAACCUGUCUCAUCAUCGAAGGCGCAAGCAUAAAAUGGUACCAAUUAAAGGUACUAGGUCUUCCUUAAGCAGCAAGAAAAUGUGGGGGGUUUUACAGAAGAAAACAAGCAAUCUGGGGUAUAGCAGGAGAGCACUAAUCAACUUAAGUCCACCUUCCAUGGUGGUUCAGAAACCAGACUACCUUAAUGAUUUUACCCACGAAAUCCCAAGUAUCCAGACUGACUCCUAUGAAAGUAUAGCAAAAACAACACCACCUGGUGGCCUACCGAGGGACCCCCAAGAACUCAUGGUUGACAACCCUUUAAAUCAGCUCUCAACUCUAGCAGGACAGUUGUCCAGUUUGCCACCUGAAAACCAAAACCCUGCAUCCCCCGAUGUCGUUCCCUGCCCAGAUGAAAAGCCUUUCAUGAUUCAGCAGCCCUCUGCCCAAGCAGUGGUUUCAGCUGUGUCAGCAAGUAUUCCUCAGAGCUCCUCUCCCACAAGCCCUGAACCUCGGCCAUCACACAGUCAGAGGAACUAUAGUCCAGUGGCAGGUCCAAGCAGUGAACCAAGUGCCCACACCAGUACUCCCAGCAUAGGAAAUAGCCAGCCAAGCACUCCAGCCCCAACCCUGCCGGUCCAGGAUCCUCAGCUUCUGCACCACUGCCAGCACUGUGACAUGUACUUUGCAGACAAUAUCCUUUACACUAUUCACAUGGGAUGUCAUGGGUAUGAAAAUCCUUUUCAGUGUAAUAUAUGUGGAUGCAAAUGUAAAAACAAGUAUGAUUUUGCCUGUCAUUUUGCAAGAGGGCAACACAACCAACACUGAAAACAAUCACUAUGUUUCACUUGGUUUGGCCUUUUGGGGGUUUGUAAUUUGUUUUUUGUUUGUUUGUUUGUUUUUGGUUUUUUUGGUCAUCCCUAAUGAGGUGUCUGCUAAUUAAAGUUUAUACAUUAUAUUUAUAGAAUAUGAAUUUGACAGUGGAAAAAUUUUUUCUUUUUCAUAAAAGUUUGGUCAGGGUCAUUUAUGUAUUAGAAUAGUUAUUGAUAUCUGUUUUUCACUUUCAUUUAUACAUGUGAGAAUUAGAGUACAAUCAUAAUCUUAACAGGUGUUCAUUUACAUUUCCCACAUUUGUGGUCCAUAGACUUGAAGGCUUAUCCAUACUCUUGCUAUUUCAAUACAGUAUAGCCAGAUGUUACUUCUGCCGUAUUUCAAAAUGGUAGAAAUAAAUUAUUUUCUCUUACAAAAUCUGUUACAGCCUGCUUCAGUGUUUGUAGAGAAAUUGGCCUUUAAAAUUGCUCUUAAUUAAAGUACUAUUUAGUUCACAUAUCUUAAGUUGAAUUAGUAGUUUGAUUUCAACUGGUAAUAGUAAACCUUUUUUUUCUAUAAGGGAAAAUGUAAAACAAUUAUUUUAAAAUUAGAGUUAUGAAAAUAGGUCAAAAUUCUGAAAAGAAACUCAAGACUUUAAAUUGAAAAUUGUGUUUAAUAUUUAAAAUAACCUGUUUAUUCAAUGUCUAGUUUAAACAUGUCAGUUUUCCAUUGGAUUUUUUUUUUCUAAUACUUGGCAGUUUGUUUUUUAAAACCACAUUUAAAUACACUAGAGUGCUAGCUGCCAUUUUUCUUUUCAUUUUGAACUUCUCAUUUAAAUUCUUCUUCUGAUGUUUAAUGUCAGGUGAGUUUGGUAUGGUGAGAAUCUGUUAUUCUUCCUAUUCCUUUGAUGACCAAAGAGGUACAGUGGAAGUCAUUCAUCUUAUUAUUAAGAUGCAGUCCUUCAAAAAAACUCCAAAGUUUCCUUUUCCUGCCUUCUAUCCAUUUAUUGCCCAUAAUAUCCAAGAAGAGGUGGGUAUAGAAACACAUGGGAAAAUGUGAUAGUAAAGUAAUACUUAUAAAAACAAGAAUUUGUAUCCAGAACAGAUCUUGGUCACCUCUUCAGAGUUGGCCAUUUAAAAUAUUUUCUGUGAAUCCGAAUUGUAAUAUUUACUUGCAGUUUACCAGUCUUUAUGUACAGUGACAAUACUAAAUGGGAACUGUGAUUGAAUAGUCACCCUAGUAGGAAAGGAUAAAGGUGUAAAAAUGGAUAUAAAGUGCAUUUAAACAUGGCAUUUAAUUUGUUUAUACAAGUAAGGCUUGCUAAAUAAAUAGAGUAAUUCAUUUUGACAGGAGGCUAUUGUUUUUAUAUUGUGUAAUAACUAGCUUACUCUGAAGAGAGCUUGGUCAAACAAUAAAAUAUAUUGUUACUAACUUGG